AAGAGGCCGCCGGUAUGGUAACUUUUCGCAAACCCAGGCACGGUCUCACUGUUUUGAUCACAAAAGAGCGGUAUAAAGCAUAAAUUGCAUUGUUUUUGCGAAAAUUCUUUAAAAAUAAACAAAACAAACGAAUUAUCCGGCUGAGGGAAGCAUUCCAACCAACCGGAGCGCCAUGGACGCUGCCAAUCCCGCUGCGGAUCCCGCGCUGGUAGCCAUGAACAAGCUGAACAAGAGUUCCAAAUGCCGAGCAUGUCUGUCGGUGGAACGGAAAACCGUGCAGCUGAGCGCCCAGGUCCCCAAUCUCCAGAAGUCACGCACCUACGCCCAGAGCCUGAAGCAGUGCACCAACCUGGACCUGCGGGUCAUCAGUCCCGGCGGCUACUUGUGGCCCAUGCAGAUCUGCGUCCGUUGCUGUCGCGCUUUGGAGGUUGCCAUGCACUUCGUGGAGAUGGCCCUUGAAUCGAAUCUCAAGCUAUACGCCGAGGCCAAGAGCGUGAAGUUACCCAGCCCUACUGGUGAACUGAAGCGAAAGGCCAGCAGCGAGACACUCCACUGGAACCAGUUUAGCCAAGAGUUUGAGCAGUUCGUCGAUGGCUACGAAGGGGUAUCGACAGGUCCCAUUGAAGAGAAUGUCCUGUACAUGCGAGGAGCCAAAAUGCCACGGCUGGAUGCCGACGUUUCGGGCAGCAGUAAGCCUCCAAAAGAAGAUGAAGUUAUCCUUUUCGAUGUCAAAUACGACACCAACGAUCUGGAGGAGGAGGACGAGAAUGACGGCUCGGAUGCCAAGAACAAUGAGACUUUCUUUGAGAGCAGUAUUACGUCAGGAGAUGGACAAGCCAAUACUUCUAUUGCCACAUCAAAGGGCAACAAAAAUGGAGAGAAUAAUAAUAACUACAAAAUUAAUAAUAAAAACGGCAAUAUGUCUAGACUAUCGACGGAUGUGGAGGGCGAUCUUAUACAACGUGCUCUGUACAUGACACUGAACGAUAAUGGCAGCAGCACAAGUCCAACAGGAGAGUCCCACACUGAAACUCCACCUAAGACUAAUGGGACAGAAGACCCUUCUUCACUAUUAAUCCAAGAAGCCACCACUAGCAGUACGAUGGCCAAUAUACCAAUUCUAAAAUGCAAUAUUUGCCAAUACACUCAUACCGGUGCCGAGCAGCUGAGAGAUCAUUAUAAAAGUGUUCACAAAAUAUCUAUGACAGAAGAUGAUAUAAUCGGCAUAAACAAAAAUCAAAACUUCAAGUGCCGACCUUGUAAUAGCUAUGAGACGAAAGAUAGGAAUGAAAUGCAGAAACAUCUCAUUGAUCACCAUAAAAUAGAUGGUGAUUUUGAAAUGUACUGCUAUAUGCAGGCCAACUGUCCGGCUUGUGACAGAAUCUUUAAGGAUCGGCGGUCGGCCAGGAAGCAUUACACUCGGGUGCACACUCAGGUGCAGGUAGUAGUACCUCCCACGGAAACAUAUGCGUGCAAUGUCUGCGAAAAGGUGUUCAACCAGAAGGCCAGCCUGCACAGCCAUCAGAGGUUCUGUCAAGUGAAGGAUGUCGUACAUUGCACCUUCUGCGAUCAAGAAUUCAGUAGUGUUCGCAAGUACGAGCUGCAUCUGCAGCAAUUCCAUGCCGUGGAGACGCUACACGAGUGCGAAAUCUGUCACAAGAGCUUCAAGAACGCCGAUACUCUAACCGUGCACCGUAAGCGCCACUCAGAACGUCACUUUCAAUGCGACAAGUGCCCGCUGAAUUAUGUGAACUCAGCGGAAUUGCGGGUGCACUAUGAACGGGCUCAUGUGAGCGAGGAGCAGGUGAGUUGCCUCAUCUGCGGCAGCCAGUUCCAAAAUAUGGCCCUGAUGCGCGAGCACGAGCAGAGGAGCCACCAGAAGUCGAAGGUAUGGCGCUGUGAAGUCUGCAACUUUGAGGCGAAGUCCAGAUGGCAUAGGCGUCAGCACCAAUUUGAGCACAUGGAGUAUCCAUACAAGUGUCAGAGCUGCCCCUGCGAGUUUACUAAUCGCAGCAAGUUUCGUCAACAUUCCAAAAAGAUACACGGCACCGAGCUGAGCGACGAGCAGUUGGCGGAGAUGUUCCGCGAGAAGAAAGGCUAUACAAAUCGCCACGAUGCGUUUAACAAAUCGAACAACUCCCUGGAGAUUCCCGGUUUUACGGAGGACUGCUUCACCGAGCUAAGGAGCCUCGGCGUGGACUACGACGAUAUCACUACGGAUCUCUUCGCCAGCUCAACCGCCCUGGACAACCUGCUAAACCUGAUACCCUAAGCCAAUCCGGAUCCAUUACCUGAAAAGAAUUUACAAAAUCUAACGGCACAAA